GCCAUUUUCGUCGAGACGAAGAUGAUGAAUCAGACCAGCACCCACCAAGAAACAACUAGCGUAGCUAUCAUCGGGCGAGAUGAUAGCCCUGCUGUUUCAGACAAUCCCUCUCGUUGGAUCCUAGUCGCGCCCUUAUUAUGAUCGCACAAGGGCUGCGGCGCAAAGCCUUCCAGCCAUCGCCGGCCUUUCUCUGCUUUCAACAGCGGUCCUCAGCUCCCUUGAGCACCUGGCAGAUCCAUAGGGGCACCGGGAGAUUCAACCCGAUUAUGGAAGCCACUGCCAAGCCUCUAGAUCCCAAGGAAAAGGCGAUCGCCCGAGGGCUUGCAUUCACCUGCAACUACAAGAGAUUCGACGUACAGCCGUCGUCACAGGACCGAUGGGAACCCGUGCCGGGCCUCAGAAUCUGGGCCGCCCCGCACCACGGCGUGCCAUACAGGUCCAUGCACUACAUGGAAUGGCCGGGGCACGUCCUGGUGGACAAGCUGCUGGACGUGUUCGCCGAGAAGAGCCGCACGACCCCGCUCUGGAUCAUGCCCGAGGCCGUCAACGAGACCGACGUCAAGACCAGGGCCGUCGUGCGCCUGACCCAGGAGCGCCGCCUCAGGGUCGCGCUCCUGAAGGCCCUGGAGCUGCACGGCUACGACAGGCAGGGCAGGAAGGCCAAGCCCUCGUCGCCGGCCGCGCGCUCGGUCCCCGAGCCCGUCCACGCCAACCGCAACGAUCCCGACGAGCUCUACGGCAUGGUGAAGCUCACCUGCGUGGCGAUGCAGAUCGCGAACUUUCCCAUGGACAAGAUGGUGGCGCACUUUGUUAGGCUGGUCGAGAAGCUGAAGGGGCGCCUGGGCUGCCGUGCCGGAAUGCGUCCCGAGGCGGUGGAUGACCGCGACCGGCCCAGCGCAGGGAGACCAAAUAACUAUGCCCCGAGGUCGGGCACCAGAGACGAGUUUCCGAGCAGAAGCAGCCCUCAAAAGAGCAGACCUAGAGACAGCGGAUCUAGAGACAGCAGAUCUAGAGACAGGGGACCUAGAGACACUGGAUUGAGAGAUGGCGGAUCUAGGGACAACGGGUUUAGGAACAAGGGGCCGAGAGACAGCGACUCUGGUAGGUCAUCGCAUGAUAGAAAACCAAAAGGGAGGAACGCAUCAUUCCGGGAUACGGAUGACCCAGACUGGGCAAAGAUCAUGGUAUUCAAUCGACGGGCAUGAGCAGGCGAUUUGAGAUGACAAAAUCUCAUGCCUGGGAACACGUCAAUAAAAUCUGUAGGUGAAUCGCUCCCAUCCCAAGUCUUGGCUAGCCCCUUCAUAUGUUCUCGUCUCGAUACCCAGGCGGUAUGCUGUGGCAGGCAAGGCAUCCCACGUGCUGAAGUCAACCUACAGUUGACAGGUGCACAACAGAUUUCACUCAGAGUCGUAACGGUAUACAGAGAGACUUGAAGUUAUAAUUAAAACAGCCAGUCCCAUGGCCAUACCUUGUUUGAAUUUUUUCUCC